ACGUGUUUAUUUAAUCAAUUUGUGUUUUAGUUUUAAGUUUUUUUUUUUUUUUAAUUUUUGUAAAAAUUUUGUAAAUUAAUUAAUUCUGAUAGUUCUAAAACUCGUUGCCGGCGUUAUGGAUAUCGCUAGAGUUACCGAAAUGGAAGAUGAUAUUUUGAACCGUAUCAAAGAUCCCGAAUAUGCUGCUACUAUGCAGCAAAUCGAAACCAGUCAUAAUUCUAUAUCUGAAUUGAUCGACGAGUGCAAUGAAAUGGUUACAAAUAUCAGAUUAGCCAACGAUCUGCGAGAAAUAAACCGAAGAAAAGAAGAGGAAUCGUUGGAACGAGCUAGAACAUCGUUUUUAGAAGAAGAAUCUCUCAAAGCUCAUCAACAAUUCGAUGAAAUUAAUUCAAAAUGGGAUCCUAUUUCGAAAUACAACGAUUCUAUCGAUAUUUACAAUGCUUGUGAAACUCAAAGAGAAAAAUGCGAAGAAUUGUUAAAGUGCAAGAAUAACGUUAUCGAGAAAUUGAAGAAUGAUUUAACCAAAGCUGAUGAAAAAUUCUCCAAUGAUCAAACCACUCAAAGAAACGAUAUCAACGUUUUAUCGUACAGGAUCGAUAAACAAAUAGAAAUUCUUCGAGACGCGUACAGAAAACAUCUGCAACUGAUCGAAAACUUUGUAGUCGCAGAACAAACAAGACUGAUUGACGAAUGUCAAGCCAAAUGGGACGUAUUGAAUAAAAAAUACGAACAAGAAGAAAUACAAGAUAUCGAAGACCGAAAUAAAAUGGUGGAAGAAUACGAGAAACAAAUGGAUCUCAUGUACUCGGAGCAUUUUGAGAAAUACUCUGAAACCAAAGAAAAUCUCGAAAAGGAAUUACAAGAUUUGCAAAUAAAUGUGGAAGAAGUGAAAGCAUCUUGUGCCCUGGAUGAGAAAAAACUGGAAUAUAAUUACCUCGUAUUAACCAAAAGACAAAAGGAAUUGGUGCAGAUAAAAUCCGAUCAAAAACAGAAAAUCAACAGAUUACGUGAUAAAGAAAUGAAACUUCGUGCUAAAAUUGAAGAAUGUGAGAAAAAUCACGAAAUACAAUCGAAAAAGCUGACCAAAGAAAUAACUGAACUGGAAGCAGAUUUUGAACGAAAUUCGGACAAGAUGAGGCGUCUCGGUGAUGUAAACGAGCACACGUUUAAAAAAAUUUGGCAGCUGAAUGUCAAGAGAGCGAUGACACUUGUUAAAAAGAUAGUUCAAAUUGAUAGAAAAAUACACGAAGAAGUUCUGCAGAUUGAAUGGAAAGCGCCGGAAUUUAAAUUAAUGCACUUGAACGAUCUUCCAUCGAUUCAGUUAGCUUUACAAAACUCCAAAGAAUCAGAUCCACAUACCGAAUCGAAGCAAUCUUCGGAUAAGUUAAUCUUACCUGAAAUUCCAUCGGCGGAUGCUCAAUUAACCAAAUUCAUCUUGCAAGAGAUCGUUAAAAAUGUGGAAUUCUUGAACUGUCAAGUCAACGAACUUACCGAAAACUUACCUCAAAGUCAGCAAAGUAUCGUAAACUACGAUUACGUUUUAAAAGCUUUGAAAAUCCACGAUCAAGCUCGAAUGGAGUUACUGAAAAAACGUCUGAUCCCAUUAAUGGAAUGUUUAACGUGCAAAAAAGCUCAAAAAGAUAAAAGUAUAUCGGUUAAAUAUCAAGAAACAUUACUCAAACAAGGAAGAACCGGUUCAGGGCAUAAGACUAGGCAGAAAUGUACUUCGCGAAGACCUUCAUCGGCUCCUCUGUCUUCGAGUGUUACCAAAUUAUUCGACAAUCAUUUGCAUAAAAUCGUGUGCAGAAAUCCUGAUCACAUCAGACGCAUUGAUCAAUUAUCUUUAAUAAACGCCAUUUCGGAUUUUGUGGUCGAAGUUCAAAAGCAAGAUAAAGAGGAAAAGAAAUGCACUAGUCUGGAUAAACUUCAAGUAUCUCGUAUUCUAACCGAAGCCGAUAUGCAGCUUUAUUGGGAAAAGUUCAACAGCAGUAUCUUCAAAGAGAAAGAAUUCACGUGGGGUGUUACGCAGAAAUGCAUGCAAGAGUAUUUGGAUCUCGUUAGAGUUCAUAGUUCCUUGAGUAAAGAAGUUCAAGGUUUGGAACAGCAGAAUGGAGAAUUGAAACAAUUAUUGAGCGAUUUUCAUACCAAGAAGAAAUAGUCGUGAAUUGUCUCUUUGUGCACAAGUGUUCACAGAUCAGUGUUUGAUGCUGUAUUGAUGGAGUAUUUUUGGUAAGUGUUUGUAUCUUUUAUUAAUUCAAUUAUGCUAUAUUAAUCAAGUUGAGUACUCAUGAUAAAACGGACUUUCUGUAGUUCAUAGUGUUUUUUGAAGGAAAGAUUUUUCAUUUCCAAGGUAUUUAUACCAUUUUUUACAUUGUUUUAAACAUGUCUCUUUUUUGGUUUUUGGAUAUUUCAUUAGAUGUUCUAUUUUCAAAGGUUUUUAAUUAAAGGAUAGUCAAAUGCAUGGGCUGGCUCAAAAUCUGGAAACAAGUCUGUACACAAUGCUAUACUGGGUCGAGUGACUUGUGUGAUUACUAUACAUUUGUGUCAGUUCAGGCUAGGUUUAUUUGGCGCCCAACAUGAAUGUAGUGAUCCCACUAGUCACUCGCAGUGUAGUGUUAUGUGUGGGCUCCUUAUGGGAUUUCAAUCUGGCCUGUGCAGACCACUAUUGAAGAGUACUUUCAUUAGUUCUUUGCUAUAAAUUCUUUGGUUUUUUCACAAUUCUAUAUUCAUGUACAUUGAAUAGCAUCAACUUUUUUGUUUCUUUCAUACACCAUGUCCUUGAAUCUAUUAUUCUCUGUGACAUUUUCAGUUGACCAAAAAAAAUUCAAAAUUUUUAAAAAUCAUUCUUCACAUGUUCUGUUUAUAAUUUGUUUUGCCCACUUUGACAUAUACUGUAAGUGUUUGAUAUAAUAUAAUGCGCAAUGCACUUAAUACAUAUUCUUUUUAAUUUUUUGAUUUCUUUUUCUGAAUUUGCAGUUUUUUCAUUUUUGCGGGUUUUUAAAUGUUAUUGUUUUGUGAUGUUUGUUGGUGAAAUUAUGUUUUAUUGCUAUUUGCAAUUGUUGAUGCUUUUUCCUUUAAAAAUCUUUGUUUUAAUUACUUUCUGCCAUUUUUAAUAUUUUUUCAUAUGUUUUUUUAUCAGUUUUUGUGUACGUUUUUCCCCCAUUUUUGACAAUUUCAAUUUUUAAUCAUUUUUAUUUAAUUUAUUGCAGUUUUUUAUUUCUUAAUUUUCAUUAAUUUUAUACUAGUUCAGUUUUUUGAUCUUUUUUUAUGUUUAUUCCUGGUUUUCCUGAAGUUUUUUUCUUCUUUUUUCCAUUUGGCCAUAUUCUUGAUGUUUUGUUGUUCAUUUGCAAGUAUUUUUUCAAUGCUUUGCAGUUAGCACACUUGAGUUUCUUUCAACUGUUUUUCACCUUACUGUGCAUCACCUAGUUGUUUCUGUCUUGACUUUAUAAUCAUCUGUAUUGACAUUGAGAUUUUUUAAAUUUUCGAUCAUUUCAUAAAAGAAUUAUCUAUUUGUUUUUCCAACUCUUGACAUUUGAGUAUGGUGUUGUCAGCUUUGUAAGAUAUUUUAAAAAUUUGAUUUCUUUUUAUUCAAGUUUUGUCCCAAUUUUAGUCAAGUUUUCUCAGUUUUUGUUAAGUUUUUUUCACUUCAUAACAGUUUUCCCAUCUCUAGAACAUUUGGACAUGUUCUAAUGAAAUAUGAUGCGCACAUUCGAAAUAAAAGAUGUAUUUACACGAAUACAUAAUAUAGAAAAUAUAUACAUUUAUUCGAACAAAAUAAAAUCGCCAUAAUACGAUCAAAAAACGCAAAACGGUAAUAAUACUCGAAUAGAAACGCGGACAUUCGAAUAGAAAAAUCUAAAAAGUCACGAUUGAUGUUUGUUGACUUUACACAUACAUUGUAUCGUGAUAAUAAGAAGAAUUACGCGUAUUUACGACGAAAUAAAUAAAUACAAAUAAUGACUCGAA